AUGGCAAAAUCAACGGGAAAGCCGCUCAAAAUCCUCAUGUUGCAUGGAUAUACUCAGUCUGGCUCGCUGUUCCAUGCCAAAUCCCGCGCCUUGGAGAAACACAUACAGAAAAACCUCCCUGCAUAUUCUGUCACCCUGUCAUACCCAUCUGGGCCUAUCGGAUUGAGCCCGUCUGAUAUACCCAACUACACGCCUUCAGGUAAUGGCGGCACAGCAGCUGAUGAUCAGCCUGAAGCAUUCGCUUGGUGGCGCAGGUCAGACGUCGUUGAUCCGCCUGAAUAUGUUGGGAUGGAGAAAGGCCUGGCCACUGUCGCUGGUGUGCUUGCCGAUGAAGGGCCGUUUGACGGGGUGAUUGGAUUUUCCCAGGGCGCCUGUCUAGCAGCCAUGGUAGCCAGCCUGCUUGAGCCCGAUCGAAGUAAAGCAUUCAGCUACAUGUCAGACCCGGCGAAUAAUCAGCAAGAGCUGUCCUCGCAAGUUUCAGGCGGGAGCCAACAGAAUCCGCAAAACCCACCGCAGGAUACAGCGGACAAGACGAUGGUGACUGGAAUCCCCUUCCCGUCUUCAUUCGCCAAUUUAGUGCACCCACCGAUGAAGUUUGCGAUAUGCUAUGGCGGCUUCGUUGCGCCCGGCACCCGGUACCGUGCAUUUUACGAACACCCUAAGAUCCAGACUCCCGUGUUACAUGUUUUGGGUACUUUAGACAUGAUUGUGGAGGAGGCGAGGAGCAGAAAAUUAAUCGAGGCCUGUGCCGGGGACCCUGAGUCAGAUGGUAGGGUUUUGUGGCAUCCUGGCGGUCACUUUCUGCCUAGUCAAAGGCCAUAUUUGGAUGGCGCAGUGCAGUUUAUCAGACUACAUUUAGAGGGAAUAAACGGCAAGGGUAAUGGUAAUAAAACGGAUGGCGAUGACGGGGUUGAAAGUAUGGACGUGCCAUUUUAG